AUGGCGGACGCCGUGGUUGAUCCCGAAAUCGCAGCCGGCGGCGCGCUGCAGACAGUCAAGGACCUCGUGUCUGGCGCUGCAGGCGGUGUUGCUCAGGUCUUGCUCGGCCAACCCUUCGAUAUCGUCAAAGUCCGCCUCCAGACCUCAACAACACCCACAACAGCACUGACCGCUGCCACCCAAAUCUACAAGAACGAGGGCGCGCUCGCGUUCUACAAGGGCACGCUCACGCCCCUCCUCGGUAUCGGCGCCUGCGUCUCCAUCCAGUUCGGCGCCUUCCACCAGGCCCGCCGCUACUUCGAGGCCCGCAACGCCGCCUCCUCCCUCGGCGCCAGCCCGACCCUCAGCUACGGCCAGUACUACGCCGCGGGCGCCUUCGCCGGUGUCGCCAACUCGGUCAUUUCGGGCCCCAUCGAGCACGUCCGUAUCCGCCUGCAGACCCAGCCCCACGGCGCCGCGCGGCUGUACUCGGGACCCCUCGAUUGCGUCCGCAAGCUCUCGGCCCACGGGGGCGUGCUAAACGGUCUCUACCGCGGUGAGGCCGUGACGAUCCUGCGUGAGGCCCAGGCAUACGGCGUUUGGUUCCUGGCCUUCGAGUGGAUGAUGAAUGCCGACGCGGCGCGCAACAAGAUCGACCGCAAGGACAUCCCCAGCUACAAGAUCGCCUUCUACGGCGGCUUGGCCGGCGAGGCGCUGUGGCUCAGCAGUUAUCCCUUUGACGUCAUCAAGAGCAAGAUGCAGACGGACGGGUUCGGCAAGGAGCAGCGGUACAAGACGAUGCGCGACUGCUUCGCGCAGACGUACCGCGGCGAGGGGCUGCGCGGGUUCUGGAAGGGCAUCGUGCCGACGCUGCUGAGAGCUAUGCCUGUUAGCGCCGGCACGUUUGCGACAGUCGAGCUGACCAUGCGGGCCCUCAGCUAA